ACGUCUGUCUAUUGUUUCGGCAUCAUUCGGCCACUAGUUAGUUGUUUUCACACACUUCACGUCAAAUCAUGUCAAAAUAAGGCGAGAAAGUAUUCAAUUUUCGUUUUCCGAGCCAGUGGUCGAGCAUUGCGAAAUUUUAGCCGGCAAAUUUUAUGUCAAAACAAAAUGAAAUAUUUAACUGUAAUUGUAUUUGUUGUAGUUGUCACAUUAGCACAGUUGACCCAUGCCAUAGAGAGACAGAAGCGUAGCUCACAGACAGUACAGGAUAUUAUUGAGAAAGCAACGCUGGGCAGACUCCUGGUACCCAUUAGCGAAACCGUGGUGAAAGCAACCAUCCCCAAAAUACCCAAACGUCGACCAUACCGGAAAUAUCGCAAAGAACUGAAAGCCUAUUUGAACGAUGUAAAGGAGUACAAAACCGUGCGCGGUGGCUGCUAUGCCAAAACAUUUGAUUUGCUUGAAAAAUUUGGAAAGAUUUUAGAAAAAUUCCAAGAAGACGACGCUCCCCAGGAAGCUCAAGAUAUCCAGAAUCUGAUACAACAAUCUGGUGGCAAUGACAUGUCGGCGCAUUGGUUGCGUUACAAAGCUCUGCAUUUUGGCAAUACCUACGACAAUAUGAGUGUUGAGGAUAUAAAAGAGUUGACGCCACAUUUACAGGAAAUAUGCUGAUAAUUCGGGUGUAGUGAUUAUGUGUAUGCGUGUGUAUGUGUGAGGUGGUAUUGUGUGUAUUUUUUAUUUAUGAAGUUGGAAUAAACGAAGUUUUUCUAAAAAAUAAACAUUUUAAUAUAAUUGAAACAAUUAGAGUUUUUUCA